AGCAUUAUCUGACUAUCUCUCCAGCGCUCCACAUGACAGACACACACACCGAGAGCAGCCAGGCUGUGCAGAAAAGUCAGCACUCCACCGGCCCUGAGAGGACAGAGGGGCUGGCUGCAGAUUUCAAAGCUAACAGUUCUAAAGGAGAGAUUAAAAGAAGAGGAAAAGAUUCUUUUAAGCAUUUGGGUGCUCUCUCAAACUCAUUUCCUCUUGGGGACACUCCCAGGGGCUGAUAAUGGUCCCUAAAUUGUGCACAGCUUCUGCCAGGAAACUGCAAGAGGCAAAACCUUAUCUUUCCUCCCGGAAAGGACAGCGAGUUUUUCGUGUGGCUCGUGUGUCGUUCCCAAAAACAGAGACGUAAAAAGUGAAAUACGCAGAGAAGAAAACACGUUCCUCAGCUUGGUUUCUUUUCUUUGUUUUAUGUGAGUGGGGUGCUCAAGAUAACUUUGGAGAACUUUGUGGGACAGGUGAUAGAGGAAUGUCUGGACCAAGAGACAGGGAGAUCGGCCUGCGCUCAGUCUUCUCCUGAUAGCAUCUUCACCACAGACUGCCUCUGGAUCAGGGUGACCACGAAGAGAAGGGAGAUGUUCACACGGGCCUGCAGUGUUCUUCUUGCCUUUCUGGGCUCCAUUCUCCCUGAUGUUUAUGCACUGGUCGACGGAGAUGAUGUCAUCACAAAAGAUGAGCAGAUCUACCUGCUAAUUGAAGCCAAAGCCAAGUGCAAGAGGAACAUAGAGGCAGACCUGGAAAAAGACAAAGAUGGAUCCUGCAUGCCACAGUGGGAUGGUAUCAUCUGCUGGCCCAGGGGAGCCCCCAGCCAGCUGGUAUCGGUUCCUUGCCCAGACUACAUCUAUGACUUCAAUCACAAAGGCCAUGCCUACCGUCAAUGUGACAUGUUUGGAAACUGGGAGCAGGUCCCUAGUGUCAACCGGACCUGGGCAAAUUACUCAGAGUGCUCAACCUACCUCCUUUCCAAUCACAAGAACAAGGAAGAGGAAGUGUUUGUCCGCCUGCACCUGAUGUACACCAUCGGCUAUUCCAUCUCCCUGGUUUCCCUCUUUGCUGCCGUCUGCAUCCUCUGCUACUUCAAGCGGCUUCACUGCACCAGGAACUACAUCCACAUCCACCUCUUCACCUCCUUCAUGUGCCGCGCGGUCAGCAUCUUCGUGAAGGAUGCUGUGCUGUACUCGGUGUCCGAGGACGUGGCCAAGAUUGAGGAUGACAACAUGCGGGCCGAACUGGGGCCAGCCCCAGGACAGAGGCCACAGAUGGUGGGCUGUAAGGUGGCAGUGACCCUCUUUCUCUAUUUCCUGGCCACCAAUCACUACUGGAUACUGGUGGAGGGGCUCUAUUUGCACAGUCUCAUCUUUAUGGCCUUUCUGUCUGACAAGAACUACCUGUGGGCCCUCACAAUCAUUGGCUGGGGCGUUCCAGCGGUCUUUGUGUCCGCGUGGGUGAGUGCCCGUGCCUCCCUGGCCGACACACAAUGUUGGGACAUCAGUGCUGGGAAUCUGAAGUGGAUCUAUCAAGUUCCUAUCCUUGCUGCUAUUGUUGUUAACUUUUUUCUUUUCCUCAACAUUGUGAGGGUUCUAGCCUCCAAGCUGUGGGAAACCAACACUGGAAAACUGGAUCCCAGACAGCAAUACAGGAAGCUGCUGAAGGCUACCCUGGUGUUGAUGCCCUUGUUCGGGGUUCACUACAUGGUGUUCAUGGCUCUGCCUUACACAGAGGUGACAGGUCUGCUGUGGCAGGUGCAGAUGCACUACGAGAUGUUCUUCAACUCCUCCCAGGGUUUCUUUGUGGCGUUUAUCUACUGCUUCUGCAACGGGGAGGUGCAGGCGGAGAUCAAGAAGGCCUGGCUGAGGCGCAGCCUGGUGCUGGACCUGAAGCAGAAAGCCAGGGUCACCAGCAGUGGGGGGAGCUGCUACUAUGGGGGUAUGAUCUCACACGCCACCAACAGCGUCAGCAUGAGCGGCACUGCCUCCAGGGCACAGCCGCUGAGUGGGCGCCACCGCGUCCUGCCCCUGCACUCCCUCACCAACCUGCCCGGCUACAUCCCCAGCGGCUCGGAGAACUCCCUGCCCUCCUCCGGCCAGGAGCAGCAGCCGCCCAGCUGCAGGAAAGCGAAGGAGAGGAAGGAGGCAGGCGUCUCUGCGGAGGAGGACCCCUGCCUGGCGCCCUCCUUGAAGGAUUUGGAAACGGUUCUGUGAGUCCCUCGAGCCCCAGCAUCGAAACUCCCACCAAUACAGGCCCACAGGAUUCCUGCCGUACACAAGCCUGUACGGUCUAAGGGCUAAAGCUGUAAAAGUUUCCAUCUUGCCACCUCCAGGAAACCCAAAGGGAGCAAUUCAUGCACAUACCCUGAUUAUCUGCGCCAUUCGCCAAUUCUUCAAGACUUGAAUACCGCUCUAGUUUGAAAAUGGAGAAGUUCUUUCAACUGGGACAUCAGCUGCCAAAAAGAUUUCGACUGUGUUCAGGAGCCAGUGGAUUCAAUAGAGAACACUUUGAUCAGCUCACAGUUUAAAUGCAGUUAACUCAGGGUACAGGUGUGAGAAUAAAUGUCAAAUAGCUGGCAUAGAAGCACAGAUGACUCAGAUAAUUCAGUAUGGAAAGAAACAACUUCCAGGCUCUCUUUUGGAUGGCCUUGAGUUCCAGAAGAGAUGUCCUGGGAUUAAUUACCAGGUGGCAAGCACGACUGAUUGGUUUUAUCCUGUUUUUAAGCUUUCCUUCGUUCUUAGAUUAUAAUUUUGGAUGGCCAAAUUUUAGUUCACAAAUGACAUAGACAUUUUAACAGGGCAUAAGAUGCAUGUUUAACUACACAACUGUGUUUCAAAUCUUUCAUUUGCAAAAAUGAGCCUGCACAGUUGGCUCCAGGCAGUACCUGCGUAGGCCUACAGUAAAACAGCCACAUUGGACUGAAGAAAAUGUUUGUCUGAAUAAAAGUCACUGCUUGCUGUGUAUUUAUGAUCUGUGUGAGCGUUAUCCAUAAAUCUCACCCUUCCCUAUGCAGUGCACUUCUUUAGUUGUCCAUAAAGGUGUGGUAAAGGUAAUCUUAGAGAUUAUCAAUCUCUAAGAAAAAAACAUAUUGUAACAAGCAUGUUUGCUUUGGCCUCUUCGUUCCACUUUUGGAGUAUGUUAUCAUCUGUGUGUGACAAAGAAUUCUUAAAACAGUUCAAAUCCCAAGUCAUAUUCUGUCGUGCCCUUGAAGAAGCUGUUUCACUCAGAUCACUUCAGGAAGUGCUCUGGUGCCCAGAGGCAUCUCCAGGUCUGUAGUAUAAAUGAAAAUGUGUUCUUUAUUUACUUAUCUGGUAAAAUAAACGAUUGAAAAAAGAGGCAGCUGGCUCUGCUGAGGUUGGAUGGAUUUGAAGCUGGCAAGAUUUUACUGGGAACCUGCAAUUUACUGUAGCUGUGUACAUAGCUGUGUACAUUGCCUGAGAACAACUCCUCCAGUCAGAUUCCUCACAUGGAAUCACUGCCUCAAACAAAGGAGCUGAUGAGCUGAUCGACAGUUUUGUAUCUGGUAGUUUGGUCCUGUUGCAGCCAGAGGCUGACUUUACCGCAAGGGCGGAUAUGUUGCAUGUGUCCUAAUUCUAAUGCAGCUGUAAAUAAUUAACAAGAAGACUAUACAUGGCAACUUGGCAAUUUUUGCUAGCAGCACCUUCCAUCAAUAAUUUUCAAGAGCAUUUCGUUCGUUUUAGGAAUGUCAUUUUAUUGCUAGAAGCAUUUUUAUUUUUACAAUCUCCCGUAGUAAAUGCAGUUACAGCAAGAUUGUCAUUUCCUCAUACUUUAAAUACCGGUUCCGGAAUCUAAGUGGUCCUGCAUGAUGGCAGCCAUUCCAGGUUCACAGCUCUACAGCACAUGAUUUGCCUACUGCUAAUUAUUACUGGUACUAACUGCCAAAUGUGAGCUCUCCCCAAAGCAGGAGGAUGAGCUCCGGCACUGAUUGAACACACUGGUCUGAGAGUUAAAUUAAAUUAACAGCCAAGUUAAAAUCAAACAGAUGGUGUUUAUGGGUGGGUGUACGCUUAACAUGUAUUGCUAACAGUGCCUUUGGCAUUCAUUGUCUGCCAUUUUUCUAAUCUGUAUCUGCGAGUUUAUUGCUGGCAAAAUCUUUGAGAAAUCUCAUGGCAAUUUAAAACCUUCCAAGUGGCAACGACGAGGUUUUGUGAAUUCCUCCAUUUGGCUUUCAGUGACUCCAGUGAUGGGGAAUGUCCAUAAGGCAUCCGGUUUGUAUGUGAAUAACAUUCAAAAUGUCUGAACAUUUUGACCAGACAGAAAAAGAGGCACUCCAAUGGGAAGCGCGUUCCCAAAUCAAUCUGAUCAAAAAAGAAAGACUGGUCCUCUUUUUCACAGCAGCUUUCAUCCAGACUUUACAUGCUGCAGGCUGUGGUACAUACUGGACAGAUGAAGCUGAAAAAAAUAUGUCAUACUGAGGUUUGUAAAACUGAAGCAAAGUGCAUCACAGAGGGAAUCAUAUCCAUGACCUUCUUAUCUAUUUACUUGCAGGUGCAGGCUCACUGAAGCGUAGUCACACAUUGACCAAGCUCUUUGCUCUAACAACACUCACAGAUCUAAGGUCUCCUCUCACAGUACAUGCUAUAUGGGCAAACACUUCAAAAGCAUACAAAUUACCAGAAGCACCACUGGUGUAAUGUGUUCAAUUAAGUAAAAGCACAUUUGAAAAGACUGAUCACUAAGCACUUUGAAUUAAAAUGUUAAAGAUAUUGGGUUAAAUUAUGUAAAGGACUUUCUAAAACAUUUUAGAAAACUACACUUUAAAUAAAUGACCAGAUUUUUCCAUGUACUAUUGGACUGUUUUUCUUCCAGUCAUCUUUGGCAGCUUUGACCUCCCAUCUCACUCAAUCCACUUGUAUUCUUAAUCCUUCUUCCAGUUCAGGGUUGUGGGGGAGCUGGAGUCUAUUCAAUCAUGCAACAGGCGUAAAGCAGGGUACACCCUGGAUGGGACACCAGCUCAGUACAGGGUAGACAAGCACAAACACUCACACCAGGGCAGCACUAACAGUACCAGUAUGUCUGUGGACUGUGGGAGGAAACUGGAGAGCCCAGAGGAAGUCCACACAAAACUGCACGGAGACAGGUCUGGAAUUGAACCCAGGGUCCCAGCAGCGCAAGGCAGCAGUGCUAACCACUGUACCACUGUGCCUGCC